AUGGCAGCAGUCAUUGAGGCCGCGGAGGAGGGAGGCGUGGAUCCGUUCCUCGCUUACGGCAUUGAAGCUGGAAGCGACGAUGACGAGCUGGACGACGACGAGGCAGAUGACGCUGUCGGUGCCCAAGCGGGAGAUGAUGCCGAGUUGCGCACAGCGGAGCUUCGCGCAGCGGAGUUGUGCGCGACGGAGGUGCGCGCAACAGAGGCGCGUGCAGCGAAGGCGCGCGCAGCGGAGUUGCGCGCAGCGGAGGCGCGCGCAGCGGAGUUGCGCGCAGCGGAGGCGCGCGCAGCGGAGUUGCGCGCAGCGGAGGUGCGCGCAGCGGAGGUUCGCCAGACGGAUAAGGCGCCACCCACCUCGCAUCAGAAUGAAGUGGCAGGACAUACAAGGUGUGAAUGGUCGCAAGGUAACGAUGCACUGUAA